AUGCCGUCUAGCAAGCAAUGGAUCCUCGCUAACAAGCCCACCGACCUCCCGACUCUGUCGGGCCCUACUCCUACCUUCAAGCUCACCAGUGCCGAUGUUCCUAAGCCCAGCUCGUCGCAAGCCCUCGUGAAGACUCUUAUGCUUUCCAAUGACCCUGCCCAGCGAACCUGGAUCGUCCCCAAUGCAGACCCAGAGCGCCUCUACUUACCUCCCGUCCAGGAGGGCUCACCCAUGUCCGCCUUUGCACUGGCCGAGGUCGUCGAGUCCGGAUCCCCCAAUGAGCUUCCAGUCGGUAGCCUUGUCCUCUGUCCUACGAAUUGGACUGAAUAUUCUGUCCACGAGAUCAAGACGCUGCAAAAGAUUCAGCCAAUUGAGGGACUGGAUUUGGGCCACUUCCUCGGUGCGCUGGGGAUGACGGCUGUCACUGCAUACUAUGGGAUCAAGGAGGUGGCUGGCACGACCAAGGAUGAUACAGUUGUUGUCUCAGGGGCCGCGGGUGCCACUGGAAGCAUGGUUGUCCAGAUCGCGAAGAAGAUCAUUGGCUGCAAGCGGGUCAUCGGUAUUGCCGGUACAGACGACAAGUGCCGCUGGGUUGAGACGCUGGGUGCGGACGUCUGCAUCAACUACAAGAAGGACUCGUUUGAGCAGGAUCUCAUCAAGGAGACCGAGGGCUUCGUCGAGGUUUACUUCGACAAUGUUGGUGGCAACAUCCUAGAUCUGAUGCUGACCCGUAUGAAGCGCCACGGCCGCAUUGCUGCUUGUGCUGACGACAAGCAGGAAGUGAUCUCAAUGCGCCUGCAUAUCCGCGGCUUCAUCGUGCUCGACUACUAUCACAAAUUCUCUGACGUUAUUGCUGAGCUGACCCAGGCCUGGAAAGAAGGCAAGAUCGUGGUUGACGAGUCGAUGCAGACGGUUGUCGAGGCCAAGUUUGAGGACAUCCCGAAUGUGUGGAUGAAACUCUUUGAAGGCGGUAACACGGGCAAACUUUGCACGAAGAUUGUCUCACGCAGACACCGUGUGAGACGGGGAAAAGAGAAAAGGCAAGUGCUUAUUAUCAUUGCUGCAACUGGUUGUCUAAACCUCUGGUCUCCGAUAAAUGUCAAGUCCAUGGCUUAA